AUAAAUCUCUCUCAUCAUUCCAUUUCACAAUCUUCAACAUAUAUAAACAAAAUAAUAAUCUACCUAUAUAUAUAUAUAUAAAUGGGAAACUGUUGUGCCACGGAGUCGGCUAUGGAUUGGGGUGGUGACGAUUGGGGUUCUUUGUCGUCUAAGCAAAGUAAGAGAAGGAUGAUGAGUUCAAGGAAGGUGUUUGAUGAAGUUCAUGGGGUGAGCUUGGGGAACGUGGAGAAGGAGAAGCUCUUAGGUGUGCUGAGAGCUUCUUCUGAUGCCAAUGGGAAGGUGAAGAUUAAGAUCUCCAAGAAGGAGCUGGCAGAGUUAUUGGGAGGGAAAGAGAAGAAGCAACAAGGUGAAGGACACGCUUCUGCAGAACAGGUUCUGGCUCGUUUGGUACACGCUAGAGACCACGAUGCUCAUCAUAGGCCAUGGAGGCCUGUGCUACAAAGCAUACCUGAGGUUAAUUAAUUAAUUUCAUGAUAUCAAAAGGUGGUGGUGGGGUGUGUAGUGUAGUGGUUGAGACUCGAGAAAGGUUUAGGUUUCUACUUGUACAAAAUAUAUCCAACUUAGUUAGUUGCCCAGGAUUUUUUUUAUUUGUUUUCACCUUGUAUUCUCUUGUAAGGCUGGGAAUGUGUGAUUUGUAUAUUCGUGAUUUCUGCAAAUGAAAUCUGAAGACUAGUGAGUUCCUUGUGUAAAACUCGAUAGAAAAACGGAAGUUACUGUUUUAUUAUAUUACAGAUUAUGCAGUAUAUAUGUAUAUAUAUAUAUGA